GCGAGGACGCGCUCCCUGCGCUCGGAUCUCCCAUCUCCAUCCCGGUGUGGGCCGUCCUCGCAGCAACCGCCCCCUUCCGCUCUCUAGCUGCCGUCUCUUUCAGCUAUUUUUAGUGAUUUAUAUGCGUUCCCAGGAUGACGGGAACGCUGCCCGGAUGAGACCGUGUGGAUGUACGACGCGUCCGGCUGCGAUCCCCCCCCCCUCCGCCAAGGCUCGCUUCCUCACCUCUGAGCGACGAGUGAGUGACUCGAACCCGCGGCCGCACCUGGCUGGCGGGACGUGGGACGGAUGAGAAGGAAGGGAAGCGGGUCGUCUUUUAGUCUCCCUCACUUUCAGUGACUUGGUUGGAAUCGGGCUUUCGUCGGGGCAAAAAAGCGCACUUAAAGACCCCAGAAGGGGCGGCGGCUGAGACCAGAGGAUGCUGCUACAAGCUGGAAUGGGACUGAGCCCCACCUGAACACUUUCCUGUCCUUUUACCCUCAACUUCCCACAAUGCCCUGCCUUUGCCGUGGGAAACUGAAGCUGCUGGCUGUAUCUGCAACAUUUAUGGCACUUCUAACAUGGCUUUACCUCUGGGUUGGGAAAUUAGAGAAUGGGCGGUCCUUGCUGCUCUCCCCCUGCCCCUUAGACCAGUCCGAGCCACGGUACCUGGAGCGGGACCUGCUGGAGUCUCGGGUGCGGGAGAUGGAGGAAGAAAACCAGCAGCUGCGACUGCAGCUGAGCCAAUCGCAGGUGGCGGCCGUGCAAGGACAGGACGGGAGCUACGGGAAUGCGCAGUGGGUCGCGUCCGCCGACACGGGCCCCGAGGACGGAGAGAACACAGCGGAGGAGAGGAGUACCCAAAAGGGCAACCACACCACUUGUGCCAGACGGCCCAUGGUGGAGAAGUGUGAGCUCAUCCAUGUGGCGUGUGUGUGUGCCGGCCACAACGCCAGUCGGGACGUGGUCACUCUGGUCAAGUCCAUCCUUUUCCACAGGAGGAACCCCCUUCACUUCCACUUCAUCACGGAUGCCGUGGCCCACCAGAUCCUCAGCUCCCUCUUCCAGUCAUGGAUGGUGCCCUCCGUGCAGGUCAGCUUCUACGACGCGGAGGAGCUGAAGUCAGAAGUGGCUUGGAUCCCUAACAAGCAUUACUCAGGGAUAUAUGGCCUGAUGAAGCUCCCCCUGACCAAAGCCCUUCCUUCUGACCUCACCAAAGUCAUCGUUCUGGACACGGACAUCACCUUUGCCACUGACAUCGCUGAGCUCUGGGCCAUCUUCAGAAAAUUUACAGACAAGCAAGUGAUUGGGUUGGUGGAGAACCAGAGCGACUGGUACCUCGGGAACCUGUGGAAGAACCAUAAGCCUUGGCCAGCCUUGGGGCGCGGGUUCAACACAGGGGUCAUCCUGCUGCUCCUGGAGCGGCUGCGCAGGAUUGGCUGGGAGCAGAUGUGGAGGCUGACUGCGGAGAGGGAGCUCAUGAGCAUGUUGUCCACCUCGCUCGCAGACCAGGACAUUUUCAACGCGUUUAUAAAACAGAACCCAGUCCUGGUGCACCAGUUGCCCUGUUUCUGGAACGUCCAGCUAUCUGACCACACCCGCUCAGAGCAGUGCUACACGGAGGUGUCCGACCUCAAGGUUAUCCACUGGAACUCCCCCAAGAAGCUGCGGGUGAAAAACAAACACGUGGAGUUCUUCCGCAACCUCUACCUGACCUUCUUGGAGUACGACGGCAACCUCCUGCGCAGGGAGCUCUUUGGCUGCCCCAGCCAGCCCAGCGCCGACAGCCUUCGAGUACAGAGUGCACUGGAAGACUUGGAUGAGGACGACCAGUGCUAUGAUUUCCGCCGUGAGCGGAUCACAGUGCACCGCCUGCACCUCUACUUCUUGCAGUAUGAGUAUGUCCCCACAGAUGAAAGCGUGGACAUCACAUUAGUCGCUCAGCUUUCUAUGGACAGACUUCAGAUGCUGGAGGCAAUCUGUAACCACUGGGAGGGCCCUAUCAGCCUGGCCCUCUACAUGUCUGAUGCUGAGGCCCAGCAGUUCCUGCGUUACGCCCAGGCCUCGGACGUGCUGAAACACCGCAAGAAUAUCGGCUACCACAUUGUCUACAAGGAGGGCCAGUUCUACCCUGUCAACCUGCUGAGGAACAUUGCUCUCCGCCAGGCGAACACGCCGUAUGUCUUUUUGACAGACGUGGAUUUUCUACCCAUGUACGACCUCUACGAUUACCUCAGAAAAUCCAUUGUUCAGCUGGACUUGGCCCACACGAAGAAGGCGCUGGUGGUGCCAGCCUUUGAGACCUUACGCUACCGCCUCUCCUUCCCCAAAUCCAAAGCUGAGCUGCUCUCCAUGCUGGACAUGGGGACCCUUUAUACCUUCAGGUACCAUGUGUGGACCAAGGGCCACGCUCCCACCAACUACGCCAAAUGGAGGACAGCCACCACAGCCUACAAAGUGGAGUGGGAGGCUGAUUUUGAGCCCUACGUGGUGGUGAGAAGGGACUGCCCCGAGUAUGACCAGAGGUUUGUGGGGUUUGGCUGGAACAAAGUCUCCCACAUCAUGGAACUUGAUGCGCAGGAAUAUGACUUUGUGGUCCUGCCCAAUGCCUUCAUGAUCCACAUGCCCCAUGCACCCAGCUUUGACAUCUCCAAGUUCCGCUCCAGCUCCAGCUACAGGCACUGCUUGACAACGCUCAAGGAGGAGUUCCACCAGGACCUGUCCAGGAAGUAUGGUGCAGCGGCUCUUAAGUACCUUACUGCUGAGAGGAACAUCUAAGCUAAGACACUAUUGGGUGUGCCUCCCUACAUGUCAGCUAAUUCGGACAGAAGAAGUGUAGGGUGGCAUUGCAAAACAUUAUGUAUCCUAGCUAAAGGCACUUUUAAGAAGUUUGGAGAUAAAUACACCUAUGGCUUUCAAAGUUACCUGUUGAUUUUCUCCUGGAACAGCAAGAAGGACGUACUUCACAGAACUGAGAACUUUAUUAGGAUGACCAAACAAGGGCUGCUCCAAAUGUCCCUUUUUGAUUAGGAAAUGCAUACUGUUUUAUGGAACAAGUACCAAAUACAGUAAAUUAUGUCCGCUGGAAACUGGACUUCUGUGAGGAGAUUGACAUCUGGCAAAUCUUUACUUUAAAGCUUGAAAACAAUUAUGUUUCAGAUUCUUUUUUUGACAAUCAUACCAAAUGUCAUACCAGGCCUCCAAGCUGCUGUGAAGACAAACACAUUCUUUGUAAAACAUCUGUAAUGCAGAAUUGUUCACUAAUGGAUCACAAAUUAGUCACAGAUAACAGUUCUGUAUCACAAUCUGGAGAUAUGCUGGAGGGCACUUCACAAGGAAAAUUUAUCAUCCCUGGACUCUUCAAAAGACAACAGAGAGAAAGCCAAUGAAAAUAAAGUAACAUUUAGCCUUAUUGUUUUUCUUGAUAUUAAAAUGUACAUUUUUUUACAUAAGUGACUAUAAAGAAAGAUCAAUUAUGUAUAUGUUUUGAUUAUGCUAUCACUGAAGAAUGAUUUACUUUUCUAUGU